CCCCUUGCAGCCCGUCGUCUGGAGUGGUACCCACUGAGAAGUGCCAGGGGGACUCCAGCAAGCCUCUCCCACGAUGUCUUCCUCUUCCACUACCUCCUCCUCUCCCACAGCCCCUGCUGGGAUGUCGCAAUUCUGCCAGCAAGCCUGGGGGCAGGUGUUUGCCAAGGCGAAGCGGGCUGUUGUGUUCAUGGACCCUGCUUGUGCCGAAAGCCUUCACUGGGCGUGCGGAGGAGCCGGGAGGUUGCUGCAGGCCGGGGCGAUCAACGUCAAGGAGUUUUCCAGCUUUGAAUCUGGAGGUGCGGACCAGCCCAAAGCUGUCUUUGUGGUGAGCAGCUUGCUGAAAGGCAGGACGGUGGACAUCAUCCGUGACAUUGUCACUCUCAGCAACUUCCAGUACUGCGUGGUUUUCACAGCUGUCAGCCAUGCGGUGCACUUGCAGGCCCACAACGCUCCAGGCACUACUGAGGUUGAAGGUGUCGGCCGGGUGGUCUUUGAACAGUUUGAAGAGAAGCUCUGCCAGUGGAUGGGAAACAUGAACUACACUGCAGAGGUUCAACAUGCCCCUUUGUUCUUGGCACCCAUCUCGCCUCAUCUCUUUGUAGCACCUGCCUUCUCCUUGUUUUUCCCCUUGAUGGCUGAGGAUUUGACUCGGAUCAAUAAAGCUAGACCGGAGAAGAAGAAAAUUUCCCACUUGAGUGAUCUUGAUUUUUCAUCUCUGUCGUCAGAGUUGCAGCUUCAGAUCAGGUCCUUGGUUUCUGAUUUCAACAGCUUGUUUGAGUACCUCAGUGUGCGGGAGGAAUGUUUUGCUGUUGGGACAAUAAGUAAGAUAAUUGCAGGGGAUCUGGCAAAUUAUGCCCAGGCUAAGACCAGAAGGAAAACUGCACAACACAGAGCUUCUGUCAUCUUCAUGGACAGGACAUUAGAUUUGACAGGAGCAGUUGGUCAUCAUGGUGACAACCUAGCGGAGAAGAUACUCUCUUCUCUUCCCAAACUUCCAGGUCAUACAAAUGAUGUGAUGAUCAACAUGGUAGAACUUACAAACCUGCAGAGUGAUGAUGCAAGUUGCACUAUUGUAGCACCAGGCUGCUUGGCACAACCAAAUGAUCCAGCUGCUAAAUCUCUGUGGGAGUCCUUGAUGAAUUUCAAGCAGAAAGAAGCUGUGAUGGAAGCCAGGAGACACCUAGUGGAAGCUGCAAGCAGAGAAAAUUUGCCAAUCAAAAUGAGCAUGGGGAGAGUCACCCCUGAGCAGCUCAGCUCACAUAUCCAGCUCUUCAAAAAGAAAUUUGAGGCCAUUGAGAACCAUUGUGGGCUUCUGCAGAUUGCGUUGGCUGUUGUGCAGACACUGAAACACCCUCAGAGUGCCAAAUGGGACAAUUUCCUAGCCUUUGAAAGGCUACUUGUGCAGAAUAUUGGGGAGUCAACAUUACCUACUGUACUGAACCAAUUGUUGCCUAUCAUCAAGUCUCAUAAGAACAGGACAGAUGGUGAUUAUACCCCUGAAGACUUCCUUGUAUUGCUGGUGUAUAUUUACUCCAUAGUUGGGGAACUCAAAACUGGAAAAGAGUUGGAUGAAGCUGAAAGAGAAGUGAAAGAGGCUCUUGUCCAGUCUAUCUGUGACGAGCCUGAACUGCCUUUCCUAUUGCAGAAAAUAACAGGUUGUGAGUCUUCACUUGAUCUGACAUUUCAAAAGGCCACAGCUGCUGUGAAUGAGAUCUUUAUGACUCUCAGAGAUGUUGCAAGAGCUCGGGCUUACAUGAAGCAGUUUAAUUCCGUACAUGUUCCAGGAAGCCAAAUUCAACAGGCCUCGUAUAAACCAUUGCUGAAGCAAGUGGUGGAAGAGAUAUAUAAUCCGGAUCGACCUGACUCUGUUGAUAUUGAGCACAUGUCUUCUGGGCUCACAGACCUUCUGAAAACUGGGUUUAGUAUGUUUAUGAAGGUGAGCCGCCCUCACCCUAGUGAUCAUCCUCUGGUGAUCAUCUUCGUGGUUGGUGGAGUGACAGUGUCUGAAGUCAAAAUGGUAAAGGACCUUGUAAUGGUGCACAAGCCCGGAGUACAGGUAAUUAUACUCUCCACAGCUCUCCUGACACCACUUAGCCUUCUGGAGCUGCUGUUUGCCACGGACCGUCUCCAGCCAGACAUUGGCAUUUGACAAGCCAAGAGUCUUAUCAGAGAAGAUGAGCACCAAGCCCAAGUCGCCGGAAAAAUAUCAAAACCCUUGGCCUUUUAUCCAAUGAGACAUUCCUGCAGAAAAUGAGAGGUUCUGAAAUUACUCCUGAUCUUGAUCUGAACAUUGGGGGAAUUGCUUUUAUAGCUGCCAGCAAGAGAAAAGUACCUACGCUAAGAUAGCACUUGAAAAUCUGUUCAUUAGUCCUGUGACGUCAAGCCAACUUUCAGUUCUUCUCUCUGCAGUGAUGCUGUUUAACUGAAAUUCUUUCUUUCUUGCUGGCAUCUACAGAGUAAAGGUUCCUCACUGUCCAUAUCAGUCUCAUCGGAGCAUUGCAGAACCACUGAAGAUGACUAUCAGUGCUUCCAUUUCUAUGCUGAACUUUUCCUUCAUUUUCUUUUAUACUGAGUUUUUCCUUCCAUCUUGCUUACGCAGUUGGCUGGCUUGUGAUAUAAGAUACCCCUGGAGAAAAUGUUGGGUCAGAAUAUGUCAGUGACAACAAAGUGUGCCUUAAUGUCUUCUUCACAAUCUGUAAUAUAGUGAGCUCUAAUGUGGGGCAGCUUUCAUAAUGGCAACCAGUGGACAUCACUGAAGAAAGAGGGAGGACUGGGAUUGCCUAUCAGUGCUUUCCAAAAAUUUUUUUUUAAAUCUUCUAUUGGUCCAUUGUGGAGUCACUCUCUUCAGUGGUGUCCAUUUCAGUGGUGCUACACAGAAGGUAAAUAUCAAGCCUUUGAUAGCUACGUAUACAUUAGUAUACUACAGAAUCAGCCCAGUGUGAUUGGACAUGUAGGGUGUUGGAAAGCUGAACACCCAAAUGAGGUUGGAUUGUUUCAGAACUGUUGAAAGUGCACAGCACCAUGGGGUUGCCAUAGGCCCACGCAGAGGAUGGAGCAGCCAGGUACUCUUGCCCCAGGCCUCUGAGGUCUAAGCCAGCUUCAAGGGCUCACCCAGGGCCUGCCGGAUUUACACUAUCAUACUAAGAGCAAAAAACGCUGUAUGGGCCUGGGUUGUCAUCUAGACACAGGGUCAGUUUAUACAUUCAGUAGAUACAUACGGUAAAAGCUUCUGGACCUUCCCACUUCAACUCAGUUGCUUCCUCCAGUGAAAAACCCUCCCUUCCUUUAGCAAACUAGCAUGUGAGAGAGAAGGGUUCCACAUAGACAUCUCCCAGGCAUCGCUAGUUUUCUAUAUGGAGUAUCUCCCACAAUUGCAUGUAUUAUUGGACUUCUAGCCUACUCCAUCCCAGAUGUUGAGGGUGGUCACAAUAUGCUAACUAUUCUCCCUUAGACAUUGCCACCAAAAGUCAUUCAAACAUGAAACCUGCCACCACUGCAUCCUGAAGUCAGUCUUUUCCACUUUUGGCUACUGAAUGUAGAACAUUUAUAGAAGAAGCCACAUGCAAAGAGCUUGUUAGUCCAGACCAGGAUUUAUUGGAUGAAAUGGUUACUUAGUGUCUUCUGUUAUAAAAGAAGCAGAUAAAAAUUUGUAGCAGGUUUAACAUUAUAAGGCUACAGCUAAUCUUUCUCUUACAGCUAGUUUUCUGAAAAAAACAAUGGUAGAAUAGUUUAAGAUUAGGAAAGAAUGCCUGACAAAUCAAGCAGAGAAACAAAAUUUUCUUUUCUGAAUUGCAUAUGAGAUUUUCCUCCAGCCAGCUAGUGAUUCUUUGCUGCAGUUUACAAUGUUAGAAUACAGCGAGGCACUGCCUUUUUCCAGUGUAAGCCAGCAAAUAUUUAUGUGGACCACCAGUUUAGGCCUUCCCCAGUCUAGUAGAUGCUGAUCAUCCCAUUUUUAAAGCCGUUUCAUUUCAUGGCCCUUCAUGAAGGUAAUCUAAAUUGGGCUCUAACCCAGCUGACAAAAGGGGAACAAUGGACAAAGUUUUCUUAAAUGAAAAGGACACAUUUUGUAGCAUUUACUUAUGGCAAUAGACAUUGGAUGCACCUCGCAGGCUACAUUUGAUAGACAGGUGACAAAUAAUAUCUGUAUAGCUAUUUGUUUUGAAGCACUUGGAGAAAAGAAAAAGCUGGCAGUCUCCAUGGUUACCAUUGCAGUUCUGCUACACUGCGUUAAUAGACGUCAGUAUUUUGGAGAUUAAGCAGGAAAACGGGCAUAUGGCAGAAAUGAUGCAUCUUUUCUUUGUCUCCUUGAUGGGAUUGGAAACCCAGACCAGUUUUCUGCCCAUUGGUGGGUGCCCCAAAGGCUGUUGGGAAGCCAGACCUUCAUUCAUUCAAUGGCUGCUCCUCUCUGUUCAUGAUGGUUAACUGCAGCAUGGGUUUAGACUCAAGACAUAAAAGUUGGGGCUUGCUUCGCAGGACAACUGUGUAUUGUGUGUAAUGGAAAAGACCACACGAUGCUUGAACCAAAUUUCUGAUGCCAUUGUCACAAGUGAAUGGGCAUGAAUAGCUCUCAAAAUGUGGGAAAUACAGAUUUAGGCAGUGGGGAGAGACCCAUCGGAACAAGGAGAGUCCCUGUCUUGACAAGGGAUACUCCCAGUACUCUGAAAAAGUCUUGAUAUACAAUAGCCUUUUUUCUUUUUGUUUUUUAGGAUGAGGUAAAGGAGGACUGUGUAGAUUUUCUACUACACAGUCUUCAGCGUCUUAGGAAUGACAGAACGAUGCUAAUAAUCAGGUCAAAAAGGGUUUAAGAGGCAAGUGCUUUUGCAUAAUACAGUAACUGCUUUAGUUGCUGCAGUACAAGUCUGUAUUACAGAAGUCUGCAGUUGGGGACAGCAGAAGACUGCUGCAAAGGCAAGCCCUGAUCAUCUGUAUUUGUGUUGUGUUACUAAAAUCAGUGAGACACUAAUCCCUGCAAACCGUCACUGGCCAAGCCAAUGAUUGAAGGUCCUCUUAGCCCUUGAAUGCCUUUAGGUGACUUCCCUGUCUCUCACAAGUCUUGCCACUCAUUUCUGGCUUGUUUGGCAUCUGAAUAUUAAACACAACAAUCAGAUGAGAAAACAAGGUUUGGUUUAAUCACCGGAACAAAAUGAAGAUGUCCCAUUUAAAGAGUUGCUGUCAACAUAAAAAUAAAUAAGUUACAGCUUAAGGAACAAGCACGGUGUUUGUUUGUUUUUAAAGUGCAUUGGUGUCGGGCGCAUAGUCCUCAAAUCCUGGAUAACACGACUGAUAAUUCAGUGUUUUCAAAUGUUACUACAAACAGCACUUAUGCAAUAGUGGAAUAGCCCUCAUGCCUUAGCUGGAGAUAAGUCUCAGCUAAAAUGGAACAGUUUCAUGGACUAAGACAAAUAAUUGGAUUGGAUUGAAACAAUAGGAAGUUGUAUUCCUGUUCAGAGCAAUUAAGUGGGAACUUUACAAUCCUCAUGAUGAGUGGAAUGCAGAAAAAGAUAUUAUCUGGAAAGCUGCAGCAUUGCAUCAGAUGACCAGUCUCUGAAGAAUCAUCAAGAUGGCAGUAUCUUAGAGACAGUGAGAGUAAACUUAGCUAUCUAAAAAUGAUGCUAAACAACAGUUGUGGUACCAAAAUGUCUCAUCACACCAUCAGAAAUACAGUUAAUAAUGCCCCCACAUUUUAUACUGACAUUUCUUUUACUGAUUCAAUGACAUACUUGUGCUUCUAAACCAGGGGGAGGCAACCUAAGGCCCGGGGGCUGGAAGCAGCCCAAUCGCCUUCUAAAUCCGGCCCACGGACGGUCCAGGAAUCAGCGUGUUUUUACAUGAGUAGAAUGUGUGCUUUUAUUUAAAAUGCAUCUCUGGGUUAUUUUUGGGGCAUAGGAAUUCGUUCAUUUCCCCCCC